AUGAGUAACUUUAGUAUGAAGAAUGUGACGACAUUGGACUUGUCCCUUUGUCUACGUGGUGGUGGUAAAGUUCACGGUUCAUUAGCACGUGCUGGCAAGGUAAAAGGUCAGACUCCUAAGGUUCCUAAGCAGGAGGACUCGAAGAAAGCACUCACGGGACGAGCGAAGAAACGCUGGCAGUAUAAUCGCCGCUUUGUGAACGUUGUGGCAGGAAUGGGCGGCAAGAAGUUGGGCCCUAAUUCGAAUGCUGUGAAGCAAUAA